CUGCCGAGUCAUUACGGUUACAUCAUUCGAAAUGUCAAGAUCAAAUUGUGUUAUAGCCUUGGUUCUAUUAUUAACUUUUACUGAACAUGACGCGGCAAGAAUUUUGGCAAUAUUCCCAACUCCGUCGAUCAGCCAUCAAGUUGUAUUCAGACCACUAACACAGGAGCUAGCUCGACGCGGCCAUGAAGUUACCGUACUCACAACUGAUCCAGUGUUUACGAAAGAAAAUUCUCCUGCAAACUUUACCGAAAUAAACCUUCACGAUGUCUCUUAUAAAGUCUGGGUAGAGGAACUAAUGAAAUAUGGAGCAAGUUUCGGCGAUAAGACUAGUUUACACAAACAGAUAGAGCUUGUAGCAAUAAUCUUUGGAAAGGUCGCCGAAACACAAAUGAAGACACAUGAAGUCCAGAAGUUACUUAAGAAGGAAAAAGACGCGUUUGAUUUGUUGAUAAUAGAAGACUGUGCAGAGCCCUAUUUAAUGUUUUCUCAUUUUUUUAAAGCACCAGUUAUUACUAUUAGUUCUAUGGGUAUGACAUUAAGUUCUGAUCAAAUUGUUGGUGCGCCAGGAAACGUGUUUUUAUAUCCAACAAUGUACAAUAAAAGAGUGUUUAAUUUAACGUUCUGGGAAAAGCUUGAGGAAUUGCAUAAUAACUAUAUGCUAACAAAUGCUUGGCGUUCAAAGCAGGAUGAAGUAUUAAAAAAACUUAAAAAUACCCUAGGAUUUGACGUGCCGCCUUAUAGUGAAUUAAGUAAAAAUAUUGAUAUGUUGUUUCUGAAUAUGCAUCCUUUGUGGAUAAAUAAUCGACCUUUACCUCCCAAUGUCAUUUCUAUUUGGGGUAUUCAUAAGAAACCAGAAAAGGCACUUCCACAGGAUCUGCAAUCAUAUUUGGAUUCGUCAAAGAACGGAGUUAUAUAUUUAAGUUUCGGAAGUAAUGUUCCCUCUUCGAUGCUCCCACCAGAAAUAAUUCAAAUAUUUAUCAAGGUGUUUUCAAAGUUACCUUACGAUGUUUUAUGGAAAUGGGAAACAGACGAAUUACCUGGGAAACCGGACAACGUUCGAAUAUCUAAAUGGCUACCACAAUCAGAUUUAUUGAGACAUCCAAAAUUGAAAUUAUUUAUAACACAAGGAGGUUUGCAAUCUACGGACGAAGCUAUUAGGGCGGGAGUACCGCUCGUUGGUAUACCAAUGAUUGGAGACCAAUGGUACAAUGUGGAUAAUUAUGUGCAUCAUAGAAUUGGAGCAAGAAUAGACUUCGACGCACUAUCAGAGGUCGGACUUGAUAAAGCUAUCAAAACUGUCAUUAAUGAUAAAAGUUACCGUGAAAACAUUUUGCGGAUCAGGUCGAUCAUGAAGGAUCAGCCCGAGAGCGCCCUGGAGCGCGCUGUGUGGUGGACGGAGUACGUGCUGCGGCACGGAGGGGCGAAGCACCUGUGGGCCCAAGGCGCUAACAAAACCUGGGCCGAAUACUAUGAUAUAGAAUUUAUGACAAAAUUAGCAUCUCUCGUUAUCUUAUUUGUAGUUUUAUCUGUGUAUAUUUUAUAUUCCUUAUUAGGUCUAGUAACAGCAUCCAAGUCUAAGCCUAAGACCUCAUGAUAAAUCACAUAAACCAUUAUGUUCUCAUACUCUUUGUUUAAAUGGAAAGUGUUAUUGUUGACUGAGUAGUCAAGAAAAUAAUAUUUAGUGUACCUUAGAUAUUUUACAAUAAAUUAAAUUAAUAUAAAAUAUCUCAUUUUAUC